AUGUCCCUUAUAAUCAUUUGCACACUCUUGGCUUUGACAUCUGCUGCUCAACUACCGUCAGCUACUUAUCUGCCUCAAAGUCCUGGAGCACCUGGAUCCAAUCAGUUCGGUCCAAGUGGGCAGGGCUCAGCCAAUGAUCGUCCUCAACAAGCUGCGGAGAAAAAUUCAGCCAUAUUGAAAUUGGAUCAAGAAAUUGGAGAAAAUGGUUUCCGUUACUCGUACGAAACAUCCAACGGCAUCCAAGCUGAGGAAUCUGGUGACGCAGUUCAGACACGAGGUGCAUUUGCUUACAAGGGCGAUGAUGGAAAGAUCUACUCCGUGACAUUUACAGCUGGAGAAGAUGGUUUCAGACCCCAAGGUGAUCACCUCCCAGUUCCACCACCAACACCUGAAGAAAUCCUUUUGGCUUUGAAACAGAAUGAGAAAGAUGAGGCUGCUGGUAUAUUUGAUGAUGGUAAAUACCAUCCUGACAAUGAUGGUCAAGACAAGGUUGGAGGAAGGCCUGGUCAGGGACUUGGCUCAGCCAACCACCAGGGCAGUUUCGACUCGAACUCCGGAUAUUCCUAUUAA